AUGUCUCAUCAGGUCCAGAAGGCACCAGGAAGUGGAGAUCGUGCUCCUGUUUCAGGGCAAACACUCACAGGUAACUCUAUUGCAGGACUGAGUCUGAACAUCAGGAUCCCAGUGCUGGCAGGGCAAUAUUGGUGUGAAUAUAAAAGCUCUAAUGAAACAUCUGAACACAGUGACAUGCUGCAGCUGGUGGUGACAGGAGUUCAUCCCAGCAACCCCAUUCUGUCAGCCAUUCCCAGCCCUGUGGUAGCUUCAGGAGGGAAUGUGACCCUUCAGUGUGAGUCACAAGGGAUGUAUAACACUUUUGUUCUAAUGAAGGAUGACAAGAAGUUCUCCAGUCAAGUUCCCUCACAGAAUAUGUACCCUAAAGCUGUGUUCACAGUGGGUCCUGUGACCGCCAACCAGAGGUGGAGGUUCACAUGCUAUGGUUAUCUUGGGAGCAGCCCCCAGCUGUGGUCAUUGCCCAGUAACCACCUCGAGCUCCUGGUCUCAGGGAAAUGUAAAAAACCCACUUUGUCGGCCGAGCCAGGUUCCGUGAUUGCCUUGAAGAAUGAUGUGACUGUCUUGUGGAACCUUCAUAAACCCAGCAUCUGGGCUCAUCCAGGCUCUGUGGUGUCUUCAGGGAGUUCUGUUACCAUCUGGUGUGGGGGUACCCAACAAGCCCUUACAUAUGUGAUCCAUAGAGAGGGAAGCCCUGAACCCAGCCACAUAGAGACCCAAGUAGACAACAAUAACAAGGCAAAAUUCUCUCUUCCAUCUGUGUCUAGCCUGAAUGCAGGGAGAUAUAACUGUUACUCUUACAGCUCUGCUGGGUGGACAGAGCGCAGUGACACCCUGGAGCUGGUGGUGACAGGUGUCCAUGAUGACAAACCUACUCUGUCAGCCUUACCCAGCCCUGUUGUGACCUCAGGUGGGAAUGUGAGCCUUCAGUGUAUUUCAUCCAAAGGAUACGAUGGGUUCAUUUUGACUGGGGCAGAUCUGAAGUUCCCCAGGUCCCAAAAGGCACAGUUCAUAAACAAAGGAAAGUCUCAGGCUUUGUUUCCUGAAAUCUCUGUGACAUACAGCAAGAAUGGGCCCUUCAGAUGUUAUGGAUACUAUACAAAUACCUCAUAUGUGUGGUCAGAGGCCAGUAACCCCCUGGAGAUACAUGUCUCAGGGCUGUCAAGAAAGCCCUACCUGGUGACCCAACAAGAAACUGUCCUGGCCCCUGGAGAGAACUUGACUCUCAAGUGUUUCUCUGAGACAAAUUAUGACAGAUUUGCUCUGUACAAGGAGGGGGAACAUGACCUCACACAGGUCUCUGCCUGUCAGCCUCGGGAUGGACAUUUUCAUGCUAACUUCACAGUAGGCUCUGGGAAUUACUUCAUUGGUGGUCGCUAUAGAUGCCUUGGUGCACACAGCAACUCCUCUGAGUGGUCAGCCCCCAGUGACCCUCUGGACAUCCUGAUCACAGGUGGGGAAUAUAAACUUCCACCUGUCACACUCAAUCUCUCAGUGCAUCCAGGACCUACUGUGUCCUCAGGAGAGAAUGUGACUCUACUAUGUCAGUCAUCAGUCCCAGUGGACACUUUCUUUCUAUUCAAGGAAGGUGAAGCCCAUCCCUACAUGCAGCAAAGUUCACAGUCUCAAGAUCCACAACACGAGGCAAAAUUCUUCAUGAGUGCUGUGACCUUGGACCUUGGAGGCUCCUAUAUAUGCCUUGGUUCUGAAAGAUUAUCCCCUUUCCUGUUGUCACAUUCCAGUGUCCCUGUGGAGAUCACAGUCUCAGGACCCGCAAGGCACCAAAAGGCUGUGAUCGGAGUCUCUGUGGUGCUCUUCUUACUGCUCUUUCUCCUCAUCCUCUUUCUUCUCAGACUCAGGCACCAGACCAAAGACAGGAAGGGAGGAGAGUAG